GUUAUUGUCAGGUUAUUGGCCAGUGUGGAUAGCUACGAGCUAAAACAUAUACAAGGAGCUUCGUCUUGACAUGAAAAUGAAAAUGAAACUUCGUCGCCGUCUAUUUAAUUGUUGUCCUGGCUGAGGUGUUCUCUUUUCGACAUCAUUAUGGCCCUUGAGAAAUCUUUUGAGCCGGCUAUUAAGGCUCGUUCUAGCGAUGAAGAAGCUGUCCCCGUCGAUGUCGAUUAUUCAGUCGCGGAUUGGACUGAGACAGAGGAGCUCGCCGUGAAGCGGAAACUCGACUUCAUUCUACUGCCUAUCCUAGGUCUUGCAUUUUUUGCACUCCAAAUAGACCGAGGAAACAUCUCAAACGCCCUAACAAGCACCAUUACCCAAGACCUCGGCAUCGAUACGAAUCAGAUCAAUGUUGGAGGCAGUCUUCUGUCUGCAGGCAUCGUUUUGUUGGAAAUUCCCUCCAACAUUCUGUUGCAGCGCAUUGGGCCUCAAAAGUGGCUGUCCACUCAAAUCAUAGCUUGGGGACUCAUCGCUACCUUCCAGAACUUCAUCAAGAACUACGGUGGCUUUAUUGCUACGCGUCUGCUAUUGGGUCUGUGUGAAGCGGGCUUCAUCCCCGGUGCGCUAUAUACAAUGUCGACCUGGUACAAGAAAUCGGAGACUAGUCUACGAGUCUCGAUCUUCUACCUCGGAAAUCUCAUCGCUUCGGCUACUACUUCACUAAUCGGCGCGGGUAUUCUUAGCAUGGGUGAUCGAUACGGUGUAGCGGGUUGGAGAUGGCUCUUCAUAGUUGAGGGAUCUAUCACAAUAGGAAUUGGAAUCAUCUUCAUUCUCUUCCUUCCACCAUCAGUCGGCAACGGAUACCCGCUCAUUAGCUUCGGACGGUGGUCGUAUUUCAAUGGGCGCGAGUCGUACAUACUUGUGCGCCGCGUACUACUCGACGAUCCAGCUAAGGCUACGAACCAUCUGCGCAUCUCGGGUAAUGAUAUCUGGAUGACGGUUAAGAACCCUAGGAUCUUAUUUCAUAUCGUUAUCACUACUACUUCUACAAUAUCAGCGACUGCGAUAAACACCUACGGCCCGAGCGUGAUUAAGAGCCUGGGCUAUGGUACCGUAAGGGCCAAUGCCAUGGCUAGCGUUGGCGCUUUCAUCGCCGCGAUCAUGACAGUAUUUUUAGGUUGGAUAUGUGACACCACUAAGCGAAGAGGACCAGCAUUGCUAGUCGGCGCAAUUUGGAGCUUGAUUGCAUUUUCUUGUCUAAGAGAAGCAUGGAGGUGGAGUACCGGGAGGAAGUACGUAGCUGUCGUAUUCUCGAUGGCUAUGAAUUCUACAAUCCACAUUCUCAAUGUCGGUUGGCUAUCGGUGAACUGUCAACGACCACAAGAACGAAGUGUUGCUAUGGCAAUGAUUAUAAUGGGUGCGAAUUCCGGCGGCAUUGCAGGAAGCCAGGUGUUUCGGACUCAGGACGCCCCUCUUUAUCAUAAUGCAUUUACUGCCUGUCGACUACUUUCUGCUGUGGUUGCGGUAGAAAUCACAGGGCAAAGUGUAUGGUACUUCAUGAGCAAUAAGAAGUUAGACAAGCAGGGAGAUGCUCCUGUCGUGACUGGGAGGACAGAUGAAACGCCUGACGGGCAGAGAGUUGAGUUAGUAAAAAAAUGGAGGUGGACGUGGUAGGCGGUGCUUUGAUGAGAACCAGGUUUUGGAUCUGGAUACAUGAAAAUGAAUGUUAUUAGCUCUAUUCUUAUUAGUUGGCCAAAUGAAAGACCAGGUCGUUAUAUUUUCAAAGAAUAAAACCACGAACAACUUUCAACUCUGAUGCUAGUUAUGUAGGUACUUAAGCUAACGUCGCUGGUUCAUUGGUCAUAUGGAUGUCUCUUGGGAUAUUAGCCUGAAUAUAUAGGUACGUUUAGGAAUCUGACUCCCAACUUCUCAAUGGAAGUUUUAAAGACAUAUUCAUAAUAUAUGAAAAAGUUGUAGAAAAUUGAAAGGUA